AUGAGGGUAACGCUUAUGCUACUCCUGACCCUCACGUUUCUCGUGCUACCAUCAGAUGCUGAAACAACUUGUAGUUCCAGGGAUUGGCCCCCGGGGGGUACAGCGUGUGAUAGAAGCGAGUGUGAGGACAAAUGUAAAAACUAUUAUGAUGACUAUUACAAGCAUUCUACUUGUGUAGGUCUCUGUAGUUGGACUUCCAUCUGUACAGACAAUGGGUGCCAUUGCUCAAUUUGUGAUGAUCACAGCCAUCCAUUCGGGCACUGA